UGCUUGGAACUGUCUCGUAGCGGAAACUUGUUCGCUGUGAUGUCUGGCACCCGGUCGGCUGUAGCGGCGGCUGCCGCCGCCGCUGCUGCUUCCAACGAUCGUGCCUCUCGCCCUGCCGCCGGCGCUGCUAUCGGCGUCGGUUUGAAGCGGCUGCGAAGCGAGCCGGGCGGCAACCGUGUGACGGUAGUGCUGGGUGCUCAGUGGGGCGACGAAGGGAAAGGCAAAGUGGUGGAUCUCCUGGCCACCGAGGCCGACCUCGUCUGUAGGUGCCAGGGUGGAAAUAAUGCAGGUCAUACUGUCGUUGUUGAUGGGAAGGAAUACGAUUUUCAUCUCUUUCCUAGUGGUAUAAUUAAUUCUAAGGCUGUUUCUUUUAUUGGUAAUGGAGUGGUUAUACAUUUACCUGGCUUAUUUGAAGAAGCUGAAAAAAAUGAGAAGAAAGGAUUAAGAGACUGGGAGAAAAGGCUUAUCAUAUCAGACAGAGCACAUAUUGUGUUUGAUUUUCACCAAGCAGUUGAUGGACUUCAAGAAGUGCAGCGUCAAGCACAAGAGGGGAAAAACAUUGGCACAACAAAAAAAGGAAUUGGACCAACUUAUUCUUCCAAAGCUGCACGGACAGGACUUCGGAUUUGCGAUCUUCUUUCAGACUUCAGUGAAUUUUCAUCAAGAUUUAAAAAUCUGGCUUACCAGUACAAGUCAAUGUUUCCUUCUUUAGAAGUUGACAUAGAUGGGCAACUAAAAAAACUAAAGGGAUAUGCUGAAACAAUAAGACCAAUGGUCCAAGAUGGAGUUUAUUUUAUGUAUGAAGCACUACAUGGCCCUUCUAAGAAAAUUCUGGUGGAGGGUGCCAAUGCAGCACUGCUUGAUAUUGAUUUUGGCACAUAUCCUUUUGUGACAUCAUCAAACUGCACUGUGGGUGGUGUAUGCACGGGGUUGGGCAUUCCUCCUCAGUAUAUUGGAGAAGUUUAUGGAGUAGUAAAAGCCUACACAACAAGAGUGGGAAUUGGAGCCUUUCCAACUGAACAAAUAAAUGAAAUUGGAGACCUUUUACAGUCACGAGGUCAUGAAUGGGGUGUGACUACAGGCAGGAAAAGACGUUGUGGCUGGCUAGAUCUUGUCAUUUUGAGAUACGCUCAUAUGAUCAACGGAUUUACUGCUUUGGCAUUGACAAAACUCGAUAUUCUGGAUGUCCUUGACGAAAUCAAAAUUGGUGUGGCCUACAGGCUAGAUGGGAAAAGAAUUCCAUACUUCCCAGCUAAUCAGGAAAUAUUGCAAAAAGUGGAAGUGGAAUAUGAAACAAUGCCAGGUUGGAAAACUGACACAACUAGUGCCAGAAAAUGGGAGGACCUUCCACCUAAGGCACAAAAUUACAUUAGAUUUGUGGAAAACCAUGUUGGUGUGUCAGUUAAAUGGGUUGGAGUUGGAAAAUCAAGAGAAUCAAUGAUCCAGCUCUUUUAACGGCUCAUAGAAGAGCUGCAUUGAGAAGGGGUUCACCUAAUCUCUUCUGAUCCCAGACUAAGAUGAAGGAAGAUGCUUUCAAAAUCAAAAUAACCUUUCUAGACUAUGAUUAGAAAAGAGCAUUUGCUCUUAUUUUAAAGUAUUAAAAUGGCUUGGAAACUACGUAAAAAUAAUUGGAGUGAUUUGGUUGAGGAGAAUCUUAAGAUGUAUAUACUACUAAAACUCUCCUGUUUGUCUGUUUGUAAUUUUCAAUUGGGCAAAAUGGUGCCUCAUAGGGCAACCAUUUUUUAAUCAAUGUGCUUUAAAAGGACUAACUUAAAGAAUGUAUCCAAAACCCAGGACUCAUUACUCCCAUGGAAUUGAAAUUUGGCAAAAGUGUGACCAUUUCAGUGUCACCACACUUUCAUGGUCGAAGCCACAUGAUCAUCGUUUCCAAUGAUCCCUGCCAGCUUCCCACAAGGAAACUCAAUAGGAAAUUAGCAGUAAUUGAAAGUCACUCUUAUUCAUGGUCAUUCUGUUUCUCUGCUGGUAAAGAAAUAUAUCUGGAACAAUAACCCAUAGGUCACAGGCUGUCUAGUAAAACACUUUUUAAAAGUGUCAAAUUCAUAUGGAAUUAUUUUUAAAACUUCUCUAUCAAAAACAAUCUUUCUACCACAGUCCCAUUCUUAUGCCAGGAAAUGGUAUAUAUGUUAUUGAGAACAAGACUGCCUAAUGGUGCACUUAAAAGAUAGUAGAACUAAGCAACUUCUUUUAAGUCUGGGAGCUAAAGCAGAAUUAUCUUGGACUCUGUAUUUCUUAUAAACAUUCUUCAGAUAUCAAAACACAAAGGGAAGCAAAGGAAGUUUUGUGUCAUAGAAGAAGGAGGCAAACCAAUACCUGAAGUUACGUUGGCAGUGGACAGAGUGGACACAGCUGUCAGAACCUAAGAGAUAGAUCUUCCCUUCAAUAUUUUCUGGUAGUGCUCCACGUGAAGCCUUCAGAAGUUCUGUACUUUCAGCUCAUAUGUUAGGCAAGAAAACAGAAAAGGCAAGUAAACAAACCUACAGCAAUGAAAAUGUAUUUUAAAAGACAAUAGCAAAAUAUUAUCUUGCAGUAUAUCACUGUGAAGAUGCCAUCUGUAACUUCACUUUUUUUUACUAUGCUCUCAGGUCAUAUUCUUCACUGUUCUCAUUACUGCUCACUUGACUUUUAGCAGAAAAUAAGAUUUCUCCAUCGCUCUUCAGAGAAUAAAUAAUUCAAAAUGUUAGUCUAUCAAAUUCUGGUUAAACUAUUCUGGAGCAAUCCUUAAAAAUAAAGUGACUGUUGAUAAAUGUCAACAAAAUAAGUAGCAUAUGUAAAGGAAGUGUUCUGGCUGUGCAUCUGGAUUGGCAGCAUGUCUACAUUUAUACAAUUUUAAAGUGGCAUUCCUGAGAAAUUGGGGGUCACUUUCAAUCUUUUAUGAUGUACCCCUUCUGGGAAACAUGCAGCAGAGUGCCAAAUACUGCUCUUUUAAGAUCAUUAUUUUCAAUAACAAAGGCAGCUGGGAAACGAAAAAAGGAAAGCAUUUUCAGAAAAAUGUAGUAUAUGUUGUUUUCUCUUGCAUUUGCUGUUUGCUGAUUUUUAUAGACCACCCAGACUCAUGCUGUCUGAAUUGGGUGGUCACAUUAAUGCUAUAAUUAUAUACAUGACACACUUGCUAGUACAUUUGAUUUGAAAAAUUGUCAGUUUGGGUAUACCACAUCAUAAAUGUUUAUUUUGCUAGUUAGGAGUAGACCACAAUCAUCAUAGGACUUAACAGCAGUUCCCAUAUGGAUGCUGGUACCUUGGGCACUGAUUGUGUAUGCUAAGUGCAUACACUCCAUUAGUUGAGAUAUUACACAAGUGAGUAUAAGUAUUAAAAAGUCUAAAGUGUUUGAGUGAGAACACAUAGCCAAGUGUUCUAUCAUAUUUUUCUUUGUAGUUCUCACAUGUUGAUAAUGUACAGUAAAAUAUAAUAUUUUUGAAACACUUUGUUCCUAAUUUACUGGGAAUGUAGUCUUUUCUUAGAAACAUAAAAGAUGAUGGAAAUUCUCUUUCCUGCUGACCAAUAGCAGUUUUGUAUACAGGCAGUCAUCAACUUAUGAGCACAACUGAGACCAGAAUCCCAGUUCGUGCAAUCCUGAGUGAAGCGGUCAUUAAGAGAGAUGCUCACAUGACUACUUUGCUCAGUGAUUGCAAUCCUGGUUCUGCUAGUUAUGAUCAUUAAGCAAUUGCACAGACCAUUAAGCAGAGCAUCAGCGAUAGGGCCCAUUCCACCAUGCCCAGGAGACCCAGGCUCUCUCUCUGCCUCACCAUGCCUGGGUUCAAGUUUUGUUUGCCUUUUUCUGCAGCUUCAGGCACAUCCAGUUGAUGCAAGGAGCGGCAUUCCUACUGAGACUACCCUCCAUCAUUCUGCAGGCGGGCCCCAUUCUCAUAAUCUUUGGAAGGCUCCCUCUCCAAAUCAUGCACUUUGGAGAAGGGGCCUUCCAAAUGAUCACAAGAAUGAUCAUGUUUGCUAGCCUUCCAACUUUCCCAUGGCUAGAGAACUAGCAAAUGCCACGGUUCUGGAACUUACAAAUCUCUCUAGUCUCUAGAAUGGUGGCAAUUACUGGAAAGAGGGCCAGAAAACUAGCAAAGCCAUAGUUUUGAAGGAUAAACAAUUUUCUAGCCUUCAGAACAAUAGUGAUCACUAGUUUUCGAAUCAGCAUCCACUGGGAGAAAGGCAAAAGUGAAGUCAUGAUCUCAUUGUUCAAAUGAUACACAUUAUAUAACUUACACCAUUUUCAUAGUAAUGUUAUGGCACACAUCAUCAUGACUUGUAUUUGAUGUAUAUUCUUGGUCAAUACCUCUGCCUGCUCCCUACACUAACAUGAUAGGGUCCUUUCUAAAGAAAAUAACCCAUCCUUAAGGCCCAAGAAAGAUGAAGUUCUUUAGGAAGCCACAGAAAUCUUGGUAUUUGCUGCAAUAUAAUGCUCUAAAAUUUUCUGUGUAUUGUUUACUAGGAAUUCUGUGUGCUUUUGCCUUGUCUUCUCUUGCCUAGGCAAUGUUAACAAGGUAUCAAUGUUUUCUAAAUGAUUUUUUAAAAAUAAUUUGGUGUGAUUCUGGAAGGAACACCAUUAAUCCCUUUGCAUUUCAGACAGAUUUUAGUCCUGUCAGAAAUAAUUCAAGACUUUCCCUCAACCUACCAUAUCUCUGCACAUAUGAUCUGACCAAAGUUUACCAAAGUGGCCUUUACCCUACAUUACAUAUCCAUAAUACGUUAUCAGUUAUUUGCUCACUACAUUUAAUGAUUUGUUUCCACUUUAAAAAGUCUAGCUUGGUAGCUGAAAUGUCUUUGCUAUAACUUUUUGUUCAGCUGUGACAUUUUUCCACUGCCCAGCUGUGCAUUUUCUCUUAAGUGACUAUCUGUUGCAUGAAAAGCCAGCUAUAAGCACUUACAGUCCUGCACAGAGGCAGCAUAAUUUCUUUAGCAGCCACAAUCCAUUGGAAAAUAUUUCCACAGUUCCCAAUCUAUAUGAAUGGGAGCUAUGCAAGAACACUUUGGUAGCUCCCAUUCAUGCAGGGGAUCUUCCUUAGGCCUCUUAGUUUGCACUUGUUUAAAUCAAUAUUCACAGAGAAUCUAUUAACUUUGGCAUAUUUUAACAGAAAUCUUUGUUCCCAUAAAAUAGCAACAAAUGAAAUUAAAUAUUUAGUAGUCAGGAUUUGUUAUACUUAUUUGUUAUAAUUCAUUCUUCAUGCACAAUAUGUAUUGUAUUUUGACUGUUUCCUAGGAUAUUAAAACUUCAUGUGCAAUUUGGCUUAAUAAUUUAAUACAACUUUAGUAUACUGUUUAAAUGCAAUUGUUAUCUAAAAUAUGUUAUGACUCAAUGUGGGGAAGAGAAUGAUAAAAUUGAAAAUGUCUUAAUUGUACAUGAGGCAAGAAUCGGUCAGGUUUUGGGCCUAACAUUUUUAUGAUGCACUACGCCACACAAUUCUUGAUAUAGCAAAUGUAAACCAGAUGAUCAUAAUGCACUAAAACUGUUCUCUUGAGUAUUUUAUAUAUUGUAAAUGGAACUGUAUUUAUCUUAUAGUUCUUUUAUUUACUCAAUAAAGCCUUAUGAGAAAGUAA